GCACCCCACAAAUUAAAAUUUAUUAUUUCAAACUAAUAAAUAAUCAAUCAAAACACAUUCUUUUCGAAAUCUCUCAAGUCCUGUUCUUUUUUUCCUUCUCUCUCUCUUAGAGCCAUGCCUGUUGUGACAAACAACACUACAACUGUAGCAGAGCACAUCAAAUGGAGAAGACCCAGAAACCAAUUCCAUAGCCCCAUUUCAGGAACAGAUCCGAACCCUCAAAUCCAAUCCACUAGGGCCAAGUCCACCAUAUCCUCCCUGCUCCUCUCCACCUUCUCCAACAACAACAAUGACACACCCACCAUCAAUGGUGGUGCCCCGAGCAGGAAAAAAAGUAACUUUUCUUCAGCAACCCUCAGAGGGUUGGGGUGCACGGCUGGGGCGGCGCAGCAGGUGUCGGUUCCGGCGGUGAUUCGCUCCUCCGCCGACUGGCAGGGGAAGAAAACCAGAAAAAAGAAGCACAAGAGAAGCAGCAACAACAGCAAGAACAAGACUUUCCAUGGUGGGGUUCUAGAAGGCUCCAAUCCUGGCUGUGUGGACUUUCAAGAUGUUUGGUGUGGCCCUGGAAUUGGGUUCUCAGCAGAUGCUGCCUCUGUUGAUUGUGUUGUGGCAAGGAAGAAUGUGUCUGCAAGAGGGAAAAUUGAUGUGGACAAGAUUUCUCACAGGGAGCGAUCAUCGUAUGUGGGAAGGCGCACAGAAACCUUCACUUUUCUGGACACUGAUUCUGACAUCUUCACACCACGUUCUGCCUCUGACUCUUAUGGAACUGCAACAUACUAUCGUCAUGUUAGAGAUCCUUCCUCUGAUGGUUUCGCUGAGAUAAUGAUGCUUCAAGGGAGUCUACUAAUGGGUGGACAAUUAAAUUCACAUGAUCAUUUCAGAGACUGGAGACUUGAUGUUGAUAACAUGUCAUAUGAGCAAUUGCUAGAGCUUGGUGAGAGAAUUGGUCAUGUGAACACUGGACUUAAGGAAGAUGAGAUGGGACGGAACAUAAGGAAGACUAGGCUUCAAUUUUGGGAUGAUACAUCAAAGCAUCAAACAGAUAAAGAGUGCAGCAUUUGUCAAGAGGAGUAUGAAGCAGGUGAUGAGUUGGGGAGACUAAAUUGUGAACACAGCUAUCACUUUCAGUGUAUAAAACAAUGGGUUGCACAAAAAAAUUUCUGCCCAGUAUGUAAGCAACAAGUUGCAGCUCGACACUGAGUGACACAACACAACCCUACUGUUUUAAAUUUGUGUAUAGUUCUUCAUAUCCAAUAUAAGCGAGAAUUUUCAUUCUUUGCUGUCAAUUAUCAUUUCAUCUUUAAAUCUCUGUGAGGCGUCGGCAAUUAUAUGUUAUUGAUUAAAGGUUUUUCAAUUAGGCUUAGACCUUUGCAUAUUAUACGCCAAGAGUGGCCUUGCCUUGCCUAAGAGCAGUUUUAUUAUUUUUUUUGUUUUUAAUGGAGUUGUGUCUGUGACAAAGUAGGGUGUUCAUAUUUGGAAUGAAUGCUUGUCCUCAACUAUGCCCAUUUUGGAUCUUA